UUGAUGGGCGGACGUGUGAGAGCAGCAGGUUGUGCGAAGGGGGUGUGCAUGUGUGCCCCCGCCUCCCCUCUUUUCCUGUGCCCUCACCCCCUCCACUCUUCCCUGGCCCACUCCUCUCCAUAUUUCUUGUUGAUAACCUCUUUCCCUUGCCCUCUUGCUCUGCCGGCCGCACGCCUGCCUCCCACACCUUACCCGCCACUGCCUACCCGCCCUCUCAUACCUGUCCUCUUUACCCGCCUUCCCCUACCCGCCUUCCCUUACCCGCCUCCCCUCCCCACACCCUGCUCCGUUCUCUCUUUCUCCACCCUACCUGACCCCGCCCUAUCCUCCUCCCCGAGUGGCAAAGCAAGCAGGGCUGACCCCCCGUGCUGGGUGGAUCUGUCAAAUCGUAUUGAAAAAACACUCCUUCCAUUCUUUCCUACCCAGCCCUUCUUUGCAUUCUUUCCGCCACUGCUGAGUGGUUCUGAGAAUUCGCAACAACACUCUCCCCAUUCUUCCCCUCCCGACCCUUCCUCCUUUCCGUUCCAUCAGAGUGGCAGCAGCAAGCAGAAGAUGCAGCACGCUAAGGCUUUUGUAGAGGCAGGGCUGACCCCCCCAGCUGCCCUGCAGGCACCUCUCUCCAUCCCCUCCAUCUCUUUCCCCCCUGCAUCUCCCGCCCAUCCCCCAGUCGUCCUCUUUCUCUCUCCUCAGAGUGGCAGCAGCAAGCAGAAUGUGCAGCACGCCAAGGCGUUUUUAGAAGCAGGGCUGACCCUUACUCCACCACCCCCCUCCCUCCCCCCGUUUCCCUCCUCUUCCCCCAUUUGCCUCCUCUCCUACUCUUUCCUACCCCUCACCAGGACUGGCAGCAGCAAGCAGAUGGUGCAGCGGGCCAAGGCGUUUGUAGAGGCAGGGCUGACCCCCCCUGCUGCCUUGCAGGCUCUGCUGCUGCGAGAGAGACGGACGGGGGGGCGAGGAGAGGGGAGUACGGAGGGGAGUGAGGAGGAGGGUGGGGAGGAUAGUGAGAAUGAGAGGGUUGAAGGGUUGUUGGCAUGGAAGGAUGAGAGGGGGAGGGCGAGGAGUGGGGGAGGUGAGGGGGAAGAAAGGGGGGUGGGCGAGAAGAGUGAAGGGGCAGUAAUGAGAGGAGAGGAAGGGAUGGGAGGGGCAGGUGAGGGAGGAAAUAGUGUGGGGGUGGAGAUGGGGGAGAUGAGUACAGAGGGCAUGAGAGGUGGGGAAGGUUCGAUCAAAGAGACGGACACGGGAGGGAAGAGGGACACGGACAGGAAGAGCAGUGGGGAUGAGGGAAGCAGAGGAGAGGGAAGCAGAGAGGAGGGAGAGGUUAGUGAUAGCGAUGAUGGGGAGGAGGGAGAGAAUGAGGGGAAGCAACAUGGUGAAGAGUUGGGGGACGAGGGAAUGGUGGAGAGGCAGGGGUUGCUGGGCGAACAUGAAGGGCACAGAAUGGAGGAUGACGAAGCUGCCAGGAAGGAGGAAAAUGCAAGGGAUGACGUCAUUAGGGCAGAGGAAGGAGAGCAGCACCAGGCAGCAGAGAGCCAAGGAGCAGCAGUGGAGGCAGAGCAGAGAAAGCAGGGGAAGCAAAAGGAAGGCAAGGCGCAGCUGGGUGGGGAGGGUGAUGGGAAGGCGGAGCAGGGAGCGCAGGCGGAGCAGAAGGGGGGCAAGCUGUGGGUGCGGGUGGAGCGGCGGGAGGAGAUAGAGGCGCAGCGGGCGGGGCUGCCGGUGGUGGCAAUGGAAGGGGAGGUGAUGGAGGCGGUGGGGGGCAGCAAUGCCGUGCUGGUGUGCGGGGAGACGGGGUCGGGGAAAACUACGCAAGUGCCCCAGGGCAGGGCUGCCCUGCCGGUGGUGGCGAUGGAGGGGGAGGUGAUGGAGGGGGAGGUGAUGGAGGGGGAGGUGAUGGAGGGGGGGGUGAUGGAGGGGGUAGGGAGUAGCCAUGCCGUGUUUUUUUACGGCGAGACUGGGUCGGGAAAUACCACGCAAGUGCCGCAGUUUCUUUACGAGGCGGGGUAUGGCUCGUCGCUCCCAGGGGGCACACCCGGCAUGAUUGCCGUGACCCAGCCACGGAGGGUGGCGGUGCUGGCAACGGCAAAGCGCAUAGCGGAUGAGAUGGGCGUCACAGUGGGCCGGGAGGUUGGCUACCAGGUUCGGUACGACCGCCAUGUGGCGGGCGGCACGGCCAUUAAAAUCAUGACAGAUGGCAUCCUGUUACGGGAGGUACAAGCGGACCUGCUGCUGCGGCAGUACAGCGCGGUGGUGCUGGACGAGGCGCAUGAGAGGAGCGCCAACACCGACAUCCUCGUUGGCUUGCUCUCCCGCAUCGUGCCCCUCCGCCAGGCACGUUGGGAGGGGGAUGGGGGAGGGGAGUGGGGGAAGGUGGGGUCCAAGGGGAGGGGGCGGGUGGUGCUGCUGCUGUGUGGGUGGGGGUGGGCAUGCAGGAAUGGCCUUAGAUCGUCCCACUUGAUCACAGCAAGCACCCACUCUCUCUUUCCCGCCGCCCCAUCCCUCUCCCCCCACUCCCUGCCUCGUCCCGCUCAGACACCUCACUCCCCUCGCCCGUCUUGCCCCCCUCGCCUGCCCUGCCCCCUUCUCCCGCCUUGUCCCCCUUCUCCCGCCUUGUCCCCCUCUCCCGCCUUCCCCCCCCCACUUCUUCUCCCACGCCCCCCUUCUCGCUUGACCUCCCACAUACACCCCUACCCCCCCACCGCUCCCUACCCCCCCACCGCUCCCUACCCCCCCACCGCUCCCUACCCCCCCACCGCUCCCUACCCCCCCACCGCUCCCUACCCCCCCACCGCUCCCUACCCCCCCACCGCUCCCUACCCCCCCACCGCUCCCUACCCCCCCACCGCUCCCUACCCCCCCACCGCUCCCUACCCCCCCACCGCUCCCUACCCCCCCACCGCUCCCUACCCCCCCACCUCUCCCUUGCUCCUCUCCCUUGCUCCUCUCCCUUGCUCCUCUCCCUUGCUCCUCUCCCUUGCUCCUCUCCCUUGCUCCUCUCCCUUGCUCCUCUCCCUUGCUCCUCUCCCUUGCUCCUCUCCCUUGCUCCUCUCCCUUGCUCCUCUCCCUUGCUCCUCUCCCUUGCUCCUCUCCCUUGCUCCUCUCCCUUGCUCCUCUCCCUUGCUCCUCUCCCUUGCUCCUCUCCCUUGCUCCUCUCCCUUGCUCCUCUCCCUUGCUCCUCUCCCUUGCUCCUCUCCCUUGCUCCUCUCCCUUGCUCCUCUCCCUUGCUCCUCUCCCUUGCUCCUCUCCCAACACCCGCCUCCUCCCCUUCUAUUCACUUCCGUCACUCCACAGAAACUCCACGAGGAAGCGAAGGCGGCCGGUCGACCCUCCUCAGCCCCGCCUCCUCUGAAGCUCAUCAUUAUGAGCGCCACUCUCCGCAUCUCAGACUUCACUCUCAACUCGCGCCUCUUUCCAGCGGGCCCUCCCCCUGUGGUUUCCGUGCCUGCCCGACAAUUCCCCGUCACCGUUCACUUUGCCCGUCGCACCGAGCUCGUGGAUUACGUCCGGGCAGCUGAGAAAAAAGUUUCGGCGAUCCAUCGGAAGCUGCCCCCUGGGGGAGUUUUGGUGUUUCUGACCGGGCAGCGGGAGGUGGAGGACCUUUGCAGGAAGCUUCGGAAGAAGUUUCCGAUGAAGGUGGGGGGGCAGAGGAGGGGGGAAGGUGGGGAUAGAGGAAGGGGGGGGCGGGGGAGCAGCACGGGUGGGGGCCGGGGGGGCGGGGGAAGGGGAACUGGGGGCAGGGAUGCGGUGACAGGCGGGGAUGGUAGAGGGGGCAAGAAAAUGGGCGGGGAAGGGAAGACGAGGAUGGGGGGUAAGGGGGAGGAGGUGGAGGGAGAGGAUGGUGGUGAGGGGGAAGAGGGAGGAGAGGCAAAUGGUUUGGGUGCGGAGCAGCAGGGCGAGCCCGAUGCAAACCUGGAUGCCAUUGUCCGGCUGGAGAGCGGAGGGGGAACAGAGAAGGAUGGCAGUGGGAGGCAGGGGGAAGUGAGGGAUGGGGAGGCGGCGAGAGAAGGGGAGGAGGCCGUGGGUGGCGUGAGGGAUGGGGAGGAGGAGGAGGCGGAGUGGGAGGCAGUGGUGGAAGGGGGAGAGUAUGAGGGCGAGGAGGGGGGAGAUGACUAUGAGGAGGACGAAGAGGAGGAUGAGGAGGAGGAGUGGGAAACGUGGGGUCUGCUGGGUGGGGAGAAGUGCGAGGGUGGGGAGACACAGCAGACAGGGGCAGUUGGGGAAGCAGGUGCCGAGGAGGUAGCAGGGACAGCUGAGACGGCAGGAGGGGGUUCGGGGCCUGGCAAUGGCGCCUUCCCCCCCGGCAAGGUCGAAGAGGCAGGGUUGGGCGGCAAGGGGGAGCAGGCGGGGCCGGGCGGCAUGUAUGUGCUGCCGCUGUACGCCAUGCUGCCUGCCGCCCAGCAGCUGAAGGUGUUCGGAGCGGUGCCGGAGGGGUGCCGCCUGGUGGUGGUUGCUACCAACGUUGCUGAGACCUCCAUUACCAUCCCAGGCAUAUGCUACGUGGUGGACACUGGGCGGGCCAAGGUGAAGCAGCACACAGGGGGGGCGGGCUUGGCGCGCUUCACAGUGGAGUGGAUCUCGCGGGCCUCAGCGGACCAGCGAGCAGGCAGGGCGGGGCGCACGGGGCCGGGGCAGUGCUACCGGCUGUUCUCCAGCGCGGUCUUUGCCAACCAGUUUGAGGCGUUUGGGCAGGCGGAGAUCGAGAGGACGCCCAUUGAGGGCGUGGUGCUGCAGAUGAAGGCCAUGGGCAUCGAUAAGGUUCUCAACUUCCCCUUCCCCACACCCCCCGAACCCCAAUCUCUCGCCUCCGCCCUGCGCUGCCUGCAACACCUCUCCGCCCUCCCGCCACCAGCCUCCCCCUCCCCUUCCCCCUCCGCCUCCCCCUCCCCCACCAUCACCCCUCUGGGUCGCGCCAUGGCCUGCCUUCCGAUCAGCCCUCGCCAUGCACGCACCCUGCUAGCCAUCCUGCUCGAAGCUGCCAUGAAGGUUCCUCUGGCGGAUCUGACAGGUGGCAGAACAAGUAGCAAGGUAGGGGCAGAAGAAGCACGGGGCCAGAGGGAGGAGGAGGCUGUGGUGGCUGCUAUGAGCGUGGAGAGCCCCUUCCUGCGUGAUGAUGACACGGGCACAGCGGGCCAUGGGGAUGGUGGGGGGGUGGGUGGGAGAGGUGACGGGGGGAAUGGCGGGCGAGGAGAGGGAGAAGCAAGGACAGGUGUGGAUGGUGGUGGUGGCAGUGGCAGUGGCAUGAGUAAUCAAGGUGGUGCAAGCCAGGGUGAUGGCAGCAAGGGUGCAUCAUCCCACGGUGGGGCGUUGAGUCGGCGGGCAGCGCAUGCACUCUUCUGGAGCCGCAGCAGCGACGCCAUCACGGCCGCCAACGCCCUGCGAGCCUACGACGCUGCUGUGCGGGCGGGCAAGGGGGGGCAGGAGAGCAGGAAAAGUGGGGGCAAAGGGGGCGCAGGGGGAUGGGGGGGAGCGGGGGAGCUGUUCUGCCAGCGGUUCUACCUGAGGGAGCGGUGCUUGAGGGAGAUGUCUCAGCUCGCCCACCAGCUGUCCCGCCUGCUCCUCACAGGCACCCGCGCCCACCUCCUGCACUCCUUCCUCUCCCACGCCCUCUCCUCCCCUUCCGCCCCUUCCGCCUCCUCCCCUUCCGGCCCCACCGCAUCCGUGCCGCUCACUCUUCUUGUGGAGUGUGGAGAGCAGAUGUGGGAAGGGAGAAGGGGGGAUAGGCCCGCCGCAGCAGCAGCAGGUGCUGCUGGUGGUGCUCCUGGUGGUGCCGCUCACUCCCUGCCGAAACGUGCCGUGCGGUACGAGACACUGUUCAUGGACGAGCCAGUGCUGCUGCACCCACGCAGCGCCACCUUCCGCUCGGCGCCACCUCUGCUGCUCUUCAAUGAAAUCGGUCAAACAGAGUCCCACCCAUUCCUCGUCACCACCACGGCUGUCGACCCUGCCUGGCUCCCCUCCUCCUGCCCCGCGCUCUGCUCUCUCUCCAAGCCACUCCCCGACCCGCCGCCCCGCUACCACCCCCCCUCAGACCGGAUUCUCGCGACGGUGGCGGCUGUGUAUGGGCCUAAGCGGUGGCCUCUGCCGGCCUGCACAGUGGACUUGGAAGGGAGCAGGGAGCGGGCUGCUGUGUUCGCAUGCGCGCUGCUGCAGGGGCAGGUGGUGGGAGCGAUGAAGCGGUUACAAGGGUUGCUGGCUGGUAACCCUACGAGCUUGUUGCGGCCGGAGGGGUUGGGGCAGAGGAGGGCAGCUGACUUGGUGCAUAUGUUGAUGGUGGGGGUGACAAGAGUGGGAGGGAAAGGGGCAGGGGGAAGUGGUGAGAGCAGUGGUAGGGGAGGGGAAGGUGUGAGAGGGCCUGUUGAUAGCAAGGGGAAGCUGAGGGCGGCGUGGGAGUGUGAUGGGGAGUUUCUGAGGGCGGAGAUGAGGAUGUGGGUGCGGGCAGGGCAGGAGGGCGUGGUGGAUGGGUUGUGGCGAGAUAUCGUGAGAGAAGUGGUUGUGGGGGCGAAGAAGAAGCGGAAACGCUGA